AUGACGGGCAGAACUCACAGGGACAUGAUGGUGUAUGAUGUGCUGCCGUGGGCACAGCAGAAAAUGCCUGAUGGAUGGAUUCUGCAGCAAGAUAACGAUCCAAAGCACACAUCGGGUGUCGUGAAAACAGCAUUUAAUGAACGAAAUGUCAGAUUUCUCGACUGGCCAAGCCAUUCUCCAGGCCGGAAUCCAAUAGAGCACGUGCGGGAAGAGCUUGGAGGCUGUGUUCCAAGAGGCCAGCCAGAAAUAGGGAUGAGAAAUUUGCUCAGUUGGUUAUUGAAUGGAAUGCAAUACCGUACACUUUCAUACAGAGACUCACCGAUUCAAUGCCUUCUCGCUGUGACGCCGUAA